AUGUUAGCGUCUACAAAUAAUACACCAAAAAAUAAUAAAAAAGAAAAAACUACAAAUAAUGAGGAAUAAAGAACAAUAGAGAGGCUUAGAUUUCUUUUGAAAAAUGCCAUAUAAGUAUACUAAAAAAUAUAAUAAUAAAUCUAGCUUAAUGAUGAAUUGGAAAAGAAGAAUGCUUUGUUGCAAUAUAGAAUAGAACAAUAAUAAAAUUAAUCUUAAUAAUCAAUUUAAUAAGAAGAUUACAAAUAAUAGCUUGUUAAAGUUUAAUAACAACUUUUAGAAGUAUAAUAGGAGAAUUAGUAGCUAUAAUUAAGUUUAAGAAAUAUCAAAUAAACAGGUAUAAUUUAUAUGGUAUGAUAUUAAGGAAAUUAAAAUGUAUAAAAUAAUAACAAAAAAUUUGAGUUGAUUCUGUAGGAUUGUGCAGUGUCUUAGAUAGAGAAACAAUUUUAUGAUUACUUUGAAAAAUCAUCAUCAAUUCUUUAGGAGCAAAUUAUUUUGGAAUUAUAGAAUAGAUUAGAACAUUAUUAAACAAAAUAUUAAAUAGUAGAGAUUCAUAAAGUUACAAGCUUUACAAAUUAGGAUAAAACUAAAUGUAUUGAAUCAUAGUAGAGAGAAAUUGAUAUACUUGAGUAAAAAUUAAGUAAUAGUGAAAAAGAACUUAAUGAUUUAAAACGUAUAAAAGAUUAAUAGAAUUAUUAUAGGUGUUCUAGAAUCAUAUUAAUAAUAAUAGUCAAUGAAAUAAAGUUAAUAAGUUAAUGACUUUUUCAAUUCAAAUUAAUUUGAAAUCUUUACUUCUAGACUUAAUAAUAGUCAAGGAAUGGAUGAAUGUUUGAGUACUGAUAAAAGAUGGAUAGAUAUUGAUAAUAAUUAACUUAAUUAACUUAAGAUAGAUGAUACAAAAAUAUUUCAGUAUUAAAAGAUUAUUGAUAAUUAAUAAAUUGAGAUUGAAAAUCUUAACAAUAAAGUAUCAAGUUUAUCAUAAGUAUGAAUGAAUAAAUAGUUAUAGAAAAAAAACCAAUUAAAAUUAUAAAAUUAAGAACUUUCAACAGUUUUAUAUUAAUAAGCAGAAACCUGUUAAAGAAUUAUAUCCAAUUUACAAACGAAAGUUGAGAAAUAACUACUUUAGAUAUAGUAUUAUGCUUCAAUGCAUUAAAUGAGAUCUAAAUUAUUUUAAGUAUAUAUUUGCAACCUAUUUUACAGUAGUAAUCCUCUUAACAUAAUUUAUAGAGCAGUUAAAAAAUAGAUUAAAGAAAAAAGUUUACUUAUCAUUCUCCAAAUACUAAUAAUAGUUCUCCUGUUUCUUUAGCUAAAUCUUAAAAUUAUAAUAGAUCAUUUAAAAAAGUAAUAUUAUACAAUAAAUAUUUAAUAGCAAGAUUCUUUUAAUGAUUAAACUACAUGGAUAAUCAAGACUACAGAUGCAUCUUUGGUUAAAAAAAUAGAUAAAAAGGAUUCUUAAUCAGAAAGUACAACUGAUUAGGUUCCAAAACCAACUAAAUUGUCAACACAUUUAUAAGAAGUGAAGAAAUCAUUAGAUUAGAUGUAAAAUGGUAUUUGCCCAUAAAAAUUUUUAAAAGGAUAUUAUUUUAUAUAAAAUAAACCAAUUUUAACUUUAGAAGAUUUUUGA